AAGGAGGAGCUGAGAGGCGUGCUGGUCAUAGUGAAGCAGCGGUGUAGCGCACUUGAAGAGGAGUGGAAUAAGGCGAGAUGAGCCCAACCAGGUUAGCUCUCGGGUCGUUCCUCCUUCCACAACCCUCACAUGCGUUAGCCCCUUAAACGUGAUUGUCCAACCCUCAAAAAAGAGACUGAUAUUGGAUUUGCGGCAUGUCAACUCAUUCCUCUCAGUACCUCGUUUUCGAUACGAAGGACUUACUCGCGUUCCUGAUUUGGUGCAAGAAGGCGAUUGGCUAUUCACGAUCGAUCUCAAAUCUGGAUACCACCACGUCGACAUUCACCCCGCUUUCUGGCAGUUUCUCGGAUUCUCCUUGCAAGGGCAGGACUACCAAUUCCUCUCUUUGCCUUUCGGGCUGGCUACAGCGCCGUUUGUGUUUACCCAGUUAAUUAAGCAACUCGGCAAACGCUGGCGUAGCCGUGGCAUCCGCCUUAUUCCAUACGUCGAUGAUAUCCUAUUCAUCAGUGCCACUCGAGCGGAGGCUCUUCACAACCGCUCCAUAAUCAUUGCCGACCUCGCAGCCGCGGGCUUUGUUGUGAAUUUCAAAAAAUCACAACUCGCACCGCCACAAUCUUUGAAGUUCUUGGGCCUCUUGCUGGACACGCGCACCACCACUUUCUCGUGAUGCUACUAGUGAUUCCUCAGGAAU